AUGAAGGGCAGCAUUGGCAUUGUGUCUCGUAAUUCCUCUGGGGAAUGGUGUGGUGGUCUGGCUUCCCUACUUUUAUGUGUUUCAUCUCUUAGUGCAGAAGCGGCAGCAGCUCUUUGUGCUUUACAUCUUGCUAAAAACAGGGGUUAUCUGAAAGUCAUCUUGGAGACAGAUUGCAAGGUGUUAAUAGAUGGCAUUACUGGAAAUCAUGGUAACAACUCCUGGCCUAUCCUUCCUCUUAUUGACGAAAUACAUGUUGUGGUUUCGAGCUUCGAAGAGGUGACUUGGUCAUGGGUGCCUAGAAAUCGUGCAGCUCAUGCAGCGGCGUCGAUGGGUAACAGAGCUAUGGAACUGCAAAGUUGGGUCGACAGACCACCAUUGUCCCUCGUUGGGGUGUUAACUUCUGAUGGUUUGCCUUGUCCACCUCAUGUUGCAUCUGCUGUUUAG